AUGCUGGAAAUACAAGAUAUUGAUCAAAUAUCUAAAGAAUUAUCAUCCUUUACUGAUGAGUUUAUUGGGAGUUUGAAGCAGCCAAAUGAUUUUUUUGAUAUUAUUGAAAAAAAGUAUCGCCUGUACUAUGACUGUAUUAUGAAAUUUUUAGCUUUUGACGAAGUACUUAAAAUUGAAAUUGAAGUUGAAUUCAAAAAAUUAAAUGGAUCAAUCACAAGGCAGUUAGAAGCUUUUAGAAAACAUGCUCAUACGAAAACUAUUUGUAUGCUGAAUCAAGGGGCAUUUACAUCUGUAAAAUCAUCAUGUGACUCAUUAAGGCCCAAUAUGCAGAAAAGGCUAGGGGCACUAGAGAAAAGAGCUGAGACACUAAUUCAAAGAGCAGUCAUGAGGCCUCCAAUAGCAACAGAGGAUAAAGUAGAACAAGAUUAUCUCAAUUGUGUGAUAAAAGUUGUACAAGUAUUUUGGAAUCUUGAACAAAGCAUUAGUUUAGCUUUUGAUGCUGACAAUUUUAGUGGAUACUUAGCAAAAAUUACUGAAGCAAUCAGUGAUGCUGAAACAUUGACAAAUGGGACAUUGCAGUGUCAUGGAUUGCAAGCGAUCAAUACGUUGAAAUGA